GGGGGGGGGGUUCCUGGAUGUGUGUGUGCGUGCGUUGGACCGCAUUCAACCUGAGUUUGUUACCUCUGGAGAGAAAAGUGCGCCAGCCUUCUUUCCAACUGCUUGAGCGUCUGUAUUUGUUGGGGGGCUGAGGGGCUCCGGGAAGGACUGCGCCUCAUCCUAACGGGACGUAACGCACGGAGGGAUACGUGUGAGCAGCGGAUGGACCCUCCCCGGACGGUGCUGGAGGCAGCCUCUACAGUAUUUUCAUGGAUGGGGAGUGGGGGGGUGCAGACCGAUCGGCCCCAGGGGCCCUGAUCUACAUAGCUCAGCCCUCAAGGAGAACAUCCACUCCCCGCUCAGCCUAGUCUUCUCCUCUUGCUCUGUGUGCUGUACAUCCCCUUCAUGGGACAGACUCCACGUACAGCCGCUGCACGGCGCCUGCUUCCUUUGUACAUCAUGGAAACCCUCGUCGCUGAUUGGCUUAUAGUCUACCUUCCGACCAGCAGAGUUUAGAGAGGACAUCUUUGCCGUUCUCUGUUCCAUUGCAGUGGCUGUUGAAAGGACCUUUCGGAGGAAUGUUGUGAAGAAUAGCUUUUGGCUUUGCUGCAGGUUAUUAAUGGCUGCUAUAUUCCCAGUGGAUUUUACACGGGAUCAUUAGCAACCACAACCUCUCCUACCCCCCCUCACUGAUGCCUGCAUGCGGUUGUGGCUUAGUGGGAUUGUGUUUGUUUGCAUCUGCAUGGUGUAAGUGAGGGACAGAAAAUACGAUUUUUUUUUUCCAGUGAGAACGCAGCACAACAUUUUAAAACAAGGAGUUGCAACUAUGUGCCAGUGGAGGCACCAUUCAAUAACUGGUUACCGGCUACUCCACCCUGCCAAGAGUACGAGCAAGAUGAUGGGACACGUGAGGCUCGAAGGCUCCCUGAGCUGCGGCCGCUGGCUGUCCUCUCCAAUGUGGCUGGGACUGCUGCUGCUGCUGCAGGCAUCUCCAGCCGCUGUGUGGGCUCAGAAGCUUGACGAGAACGACCCGGUGGUCACCACUGUGUACGGAAAACUACGUGGCGUGAAGAAGGAGCUCAACAACGAGAUCCUGGGUCCUGUAGUGCAGUUCCUGGGCGUCCCCUACGCGGCCCCGCCCACUGGCGAGCGACGUUUUCAGCCCCCCGAGCCACCGGCGUCGUGGCCAGAAACCCGCAACGCCACACACUUUGCCCCGGUGUGCCCUCAGAGCAUCGUGGAGGGCCGCCUGCCGGACGUGAUGCUGCCGGUGUGGUUCACCAACAGCAUGGACGUGGUGUCCACAUACGUCCAGGACCAAAGCGAGGACUGCCUCUACAUCAACAUCUACGUCCCCACUGAGGAUGUCAAAAGAAUAUCCAAGGAAUGUGCCAGGAAACCGGGCAAGAAAAUAUGUAGACAAGGAGGUCCCCUUACAAAGAAACACACUGAUGAUUUAGGUGAUAGUGACCGCACGGAAGACGAAGACAUUAGGGAGAGUGGAAGCCCCAAGCCGGUGAUGGUUUUCAUACACGGGGGCUCCUACAUGGAAGGAACUGGGAAUAUGUUUGAUGGCAGCAUCCUGGCCAGCUAUGGAAAUGUGAUUGUCAUAACCGUCAACUACCGGCUGGGCAUCUUAGGAUUCCUGAGUACAGGGGACCAGGCUGCCAAAGGGAAUUAUGGCUUGUUGGACUUGAUCCAGGCUCUGCGUUGGACCAGUGAGAACAUUGCCGCCUUUGGUGGGGACCCGUUGCGUAUCACUGUGUUUGGCUCUGGUGCUGGGGCUUCCUGUGUCAACCUGCUUACACUGUCUCACUACUCUGAAGGCAACCGGUGGAGCAACUCAACCAAAGGGUUGUUCCAGAGGGCCAUCGCCCAGAGCGGAACAGCUCUGUCUAGCUGGGCGGUCAGUUUUCAGCCAGCCAAGUAUGCCCGGAUCCUGGCCCGUAAGGUGGGCUGUAACUUAGAGGACACUGUGGAGUUAGUUGGGUGCCUUCAGAGGAAACAUUACAAGGAGCUGGUCGACCAAGACAUCCAGCCAGCCCGCUACCACAUUGCCUUUGGACCGGUUAUUGAUGGAGAUGUUAUACCUGAUGACCCUCAGAUACUCAUGGAGCAAGGAGAGUUCCUCAACUACGAUAUCAUGAUGGGAGUUAAUCAGGGCGAAGGCCUUAAAUUUGUGGAGCUUAUUGUGGACAACGAAAACGGCGUUCAGGCAAACGACUUUGAUUACGCCGUGUCAAGCUUUGUGGAUGACCUGUAUGGCUACCCAGAGGGGAAAGACAUUCUCCGCGAGACCAUAAAGUUCAUGUACACGGACUGGGCCGACAGGCACAACCCAGAGACUCGACGGAAAACAUUGCUGGCCCUUUUCACCGAUCACCAGUGGGUAGCACCGGCUGUCGCCACAGCUGACCUGCACUCCAGCUUUGGCUCUCCAACCUACUUCUAUGCCUUUUACCACCACUGUCAGACAGAACAGGUCCCACAGUGGGCAGACGCAGCACAUGGAGAUGAGAUCCCGUAUGUGUUUGGGCUGCCGAUGAUUGGUCCAACAGAGCUGUUUCCCUGCAACUUCUCCAAGAACGACGUGAUGCUCAGCGCUGUGGUCAUGACUUACUGGACAAACUUUGCCAAAACGGGGGAUCCAAACCAGCCAGUCCCCCAAGACACCAAGUUCAUCCACACCAAGCCCAAUCGUUUUGAAGAAGUGGCAUGGACACGCUACAACCAGAAGGACCAACUCUACUUACACAUUGGCCUGAAACCCCGGGUCAAAGAGCACUACCGUGCCAACAAGGUCAACUUGUGGUUGGAGCUGGUUCCUCACCUGCACAGCCUCAACGAGGUCACUCAGCUUAUACCCACCACCACAAAGAUCCCUCCACCUGAAGCCACCAACCGCACCCCGAAGACCAAGGUUCUGGUCACCAAACGCCCCAACCCGACUCCGUUUCCCACAGAGACCCAGGACAGCCACAUCCAGCCACAUCUGGUGGACCAGCGUGACUACUCCACUGAGCUGUCGGUGACCAUCGCUGUUGGAGCUUCCCUGCUCUUCCUCAACAUUUUGGCCUUUGCCGCCCUUUACUAUAAGAAGGACAAGCGACGGCAUGACGUCCACAGGCGCUGCAGUCCCCAGCGGAGUGCCGCCAAUGAUCUGGCUCACACUCAGGAAGAGGAGAUCAUGUCCCUGCAGAUGAAGCAGCACUCAGGCCUGGACUGCAGGGGAGUGGGCGAGACUCUGCAUCCGCAUGAUGUGGUGCUGAGGACUGCCUGUCCACCUGACUACACUCUGGCCAUGAGGCGCUCACCGGACGACAUCCCACUUAUGACGCCAAACACCAUAACCAUGAUCCCCAGCACCAUGGGGGGGCUCACCUCGAUCCACUCUUUCAACACCUUCCCCAGCAGCGGGCAAAGUAACAGCCUAACCCAUCCACACCCACAUUCCACUACCCGGGUAUAGCCAUGUGGAUACAAGCAGGCAGGACUCAGGUGGCUGAGGCAAAAGCUAACGCCACUGCAGCAGCAUAAACUUAAGGCCAACAUGCUGACAACGACAGAUAUGUUAGGAACUGAAACGCCAGCCUGGAGUUGCCAGACACCCAUGGAAUUACACUGGGAUUGUACACCCUGUUAAUACCUGGGGGAAUAUAGUUAAGGGAUUUCUGGGGUUUGGACCAGAGGAAAAAAAGAAUAACCAUUAUGCUUUUGUAGAAAAAUAAACACACAAACAAAAAAAGUACAAACUAGGAGAAAAACAACCUCACUAGCUAAAACCAAGAAGGAUGUUGUUUAUUAUUAUUUUGUUUCUAAUAUUGCAGCGAAACAAGGUGCGGUAAACUACUUUUUCUUUCUAGCGACAGAAACGGCCUUCGAGGCUUUUGACAAAUGACUGCCUGACAGUGCUAUCUGGAAGCAGAACAGAGCAUCAGACCCGCCUCGAAGUUAAGAAGAGUGGAGCACUUUGUAAAAGAAAGAAAACAUAUUGUUUUCUUUUGGCAUUGUGCAGCAGAUUACUCUGUUUGUGUGACACAGAGUAGAUAAGGUGCAAACCAAUUUAGGUAUGUGAUGAAUUCCUAAAUGGAGACUAUGUAAGAUACAACAGAAGCAAUUGUUGAAUAGAACAAAAGAAAAACUGAAAACUUCAAUGAAAAAAAGGAAACCCGUGUGCACAAUGGAUUAAGAGGAAAGAAAUGAUACGUUUCACAGAUACGUUUCAUCCAUUUAUUUUUGAGGAUCGGGAACAAUGUUAUUGUAUAGAACCUAUUUACAUAUGUAGAUUGGUAUACUAAGCACCAGGCUGUUAAUACCCCUUGUCUAAGGGUGUGAGUAAGGGGCAUCUAUACUGCAAACCUGCCUGCAAAACUGAACUAGUGGGAAUCGGCUGAUCCACCUUCUGGCUCUUGCAGUUUCAACUUCAACACAAAGUGCUGGGCAACAAAGGAUAAUGGAUAUUUUAGCACGAUGCGCAUGACAAUUUAACUGCUUGAUGGCUGCCCUGCUGAUUGCGUCAUUAUUAAGAAUCAUUUUCCCCCUCUACUUUGCAUUGGAGCAAUUUCAAAUCAAUUUCCUGAUUGGAUUACGAAAACACACCUUUGCAGGACCACAGGAAAUACAGUUCCAGGUUGCGGAUGUUGUGGGCUGGAGCUGGGAACCAAAAUGGGAGGGACUGGGGAUAUGGUCAAACUUUCUUGCAUAACAUGAUAUAGCUUGAGUGGAGCUGGGAAUUUAAGGACUAGUUUUGUACUCUCUGUGUUGGUACCCGUUUUUGAUAAUGGUAAAUCACAUCACACUGCAUUAAUCAAACGUAUCAUACCUUCGGUUGAGAUCAAAGUUACCUGCUAUUCUACCUAUUUUACCACUCUGCCAUGUAGAAAUGAUUACCUGCACUGUUAAUUCCAUUGCACUCUUUCCUUUUUCUUUAUCUGGAAGCAGUAUUAAUUGAGGGACACACUGGAUGCUUAUUGUGAUGAAAGAAACGGUAAUAGAAAAAAUGCCUUUUAACUUUUAUUUUGCUUUAUCCAGCCAGGUUCUGUAGAGCAAUUUAAACAUGAACGCCUUUAACAUAACUUCUACAAGUCAAAGGCCAAGCACAGACCGAUCAUGUUGGGUGGAAUUCUCUGGAUAAGCACAGCAGGUGGAGAAAUGGAUGAGCCAGGGUUCGGGUAGGCCAAUAGCCAAGAUUUAUCAUUUUUUUUACAUUGUCUUAUAGGAAGAAAGAUACGUUUUCUUUAGCAGCUGAGAAACUCAGUUGUCCCUCUUUACCUCACUCCAAAUAGCUACUACUUUUCUUCUUUUGGUCACAAUCUCUUUCUAUUUAAAAUUCUCUACCUUCUCAUAUUUCCACUGAGCGGACAGGGAUGGCUGCUUAGCUUUAGUCUGCCACAGCCAGCAUCUUAAGGUCAGUGAGGCUUCAGUGCCUAGCAAUGUUUGCUUCUGACGUAGUAGUGUGUCAUACAGCAAAGCAGACUGCAGUCGUUGUCAUUAGUCAUUAGAGUCGUUGCAGUAAAUUGGGGACCGUCAAAAUAGAGAGAUAGUGAGGAAUGCCCUAGAUGGCAGGGCUAUUGUGUGGAGACAAAUACAGAAGUCUAAUUGCUGGCGCAUCAAUGCUACUUGUUAAGCUUAAACGCUCCUUUCCUUUCACUAAAGUGUAGAUGUUUGGAGGCCUCUGUUGUGAGAAUAAAUCUUUCCCCUUUUUGCUCCCUUACAGGCACUGUGCAGUCAUUCAAAAUAAUGAGCACAGACUACUGUUACCCAAUAUAACACUGCGGCAGACAAGCUGAUUGGGGGAAUAAAAUCUAGUCUUUCAUGAGUGUUGCUUUUUGGGAUAAGCUUUAGGUUGAGUAAACUAAUACAGAUGGAUUCAAUGAACCACCGAGGCUUGAUCUGGGAUUUCAACAAAAGGAGGAUUCCAUUAUCACACGUCACCCUCAUGGGCCAUUUUUAAUAUCCUUCUCUGUAAAAGGAAGCCAACAACACCAAGAAUGUGUGAAUUCCAGAAUAUCGGGACCACCCAUACUGUAGGUCUGUUGACAUUGUAUCAACAGGCCAUUAGCUUUUCCAGCAUUUUUGAUCGCCCACACACAUACAUGUGCAAAAUAAUAUUUGUGCAGACACCUGAAAUAUUUCAACCAUUGUUCUCCCUAGAAAUAACUUGGGGCUGAGCACUUAUUAAAUUAAACAUGUUAUUGCCAUGAUGAGUUAACAAUCCAGCGAUUGCAGGGCCUUACUGGGUAGUUAAUAGUUAAGGAUGACUACUAAUGAAAAACUUGCCCUGGCAUCUGUCGUCUGACUGGUGAUGGAGGAUACAUGCAAGCCAACUGCAUGAGGAAAGCAAGAGAAGUGCUGGCAUAUGCAACGUUUUUGUUGACCUAAUGUAUUGCAACAAGAUUUUAUGUGUAGUGAAAACAUGUUAACGGUCCUUGUGAUUAAUUACUUGAGAGUGUAAAACUAGACAAGAUGACUCAAAAGUUCUUCGAGAGGAUGUGCCGCAAUGACUUCAAGGGGUCAUAGAAAAUGCAUUAAACCGCUGUAUCAUGCCUAACAACUGACAGAAAAGAUACAUGGUAAUCGAAGCAAAAAACAUAAUCAAUGAAGCAAAAGCAUUGGAUGACCUUUACACCCAUGAAGAGAAACUGAGGAUUUACAGAUAGAUAUAGCUUUCUCAUAAAAACUUUGAUAAACUGGCAAGGAAAAAGCAGGUGAGCUGGAUUAGAUCUCGAGCUAGCUGUAUAAAUUGAGACAGACUGAAUCCCUAGCUUGCUGAAGAACGACUGCGAGGCACCACUAACUACCCCCUGCCUCUCCACACCUUUAAUGAUAGUGAAGCCCAUGUAGUGAUAAUAGUGGGAGAUUGCAAAACAGUCUAACUAGCAGACUAGUUGAUUACUCCAUGAAAUAAAAUGGAAUUUAUUCAUGUAGCACCUUUUGCAGACAGCAGUCACAAAGUGCUUAACAGGAGUUCAAAUAAACAAGACGACAUAUGGCAAUACAAGGGGCCGUUACAUUACAAGAUGCCUUUGACCCAAGAAACGUGGAAUCAUAGCACAUUUAAGUAACAUACAUCAACCCUGUUGCUGGAAUUCUUUUUCACGUCUUGAAAAUUUGGGAUGUUUUGGAUGUUAUGGAUUAUCAUCCAAAAACACAUUUCAUGAAUACACUUUCAUGGUCAGCCUUGCACAAACACACAAUGCCAUCUUUAAGGGCAGGGGAGGUUUCCUCAGCAAAAGUAGUUGGAUAAAGUUAAACAUAACAAUUGUGACAAAGUAAACAGCAUGAAUGAAUAAUGGCAGACUUUGUUAUGUAGCGUUGCUCAACAAUAUUACUUAGCAAUCAAAAAACAGUGGUCUCUCGGGUGAAAGUCCUUUCGCUCUUUAUUUCAUCUUUCCACUACCCGUUCCAACCCAGACUUUCAUGAUUAUCGUAUUCGAUAUAUUGUACCAGGUCAAAGCUCAACAGUCACUAUGUACUACGUGCCGUUCUAUGACCAAAUACCAAACACACACAUCUAUUGUAUCCUCGGUUACACAGACAAGGCAGCUGGCGUAGCGAUUCCAAUGUUCCCACUUCAGAAUUUGCUCUUUAGCAGCAAUAUUGAAGCACAUGUGCUUUGCAUAACACAUUAAUUUGAAUUGUGUUAACAAGCCAGAGCAACAUACAGUAAUUUAAAAGACGAGGUUAAUAACCCAAUCUGGGCCUGGGGACAAACAUGUUCACCAUCAGCCCUCAAAGGUUUGUGUUAUCAAGUUCCAGGCUCCAUAUUUCCAUGUUAGCUAGGCUGUAGUAAAGUAACUAUGUAUUUUGUAGAUAACACUGAAUAAACCUAAAAAACUAAACGUCACAGGGCACCUUCAACAUCCAAGUUAUAUCCAGCUAACAUACAUAUCCUACCUCAUAAGAUGUUUAAUUCUAUUUGGUCACCCUAGUGACUGCAGUGAUGGCUUCAUAUGCUUCAUGCUGCUAGCUAGCUAUUUCAAGUGUAUCCGAGGUUUGCAAAAAAACGAAGUGCUUUGGCAAAAAUCGUAUCUAUAGUGAGUGAAGAAGGGGCGGGGGGAUGAGAUGGGGGGGCGGGCCAAGGCCAUGUAGGAGAGACUCCCAUUACAUUGUGACGACAGAAUGAGUCAGUCACUCAAGGAUGACGUUUCUGACUUACAAGAACCAUAACAAGUUGAGACAACAAAGAGUUGUUUUGGGGUCGGUAUACAUGCCAGAUACCCAAAUAAACGUGUAGAAGCACUAAAAAAGUGGAAUUUUCAUAAUAUGUCCACUGUAAAAUAUAAGUCUUUCAAGCAAUGGCAUUGAGGUUAUUUAAAGAGGUUGCAAUUAACAGUCAUUUUAACACACAUUUGUAUUCAUAGACCGGCACUCAUACAACAGAAAAAAACUGAUAUGCCCUACAUUAUUGCCGGUGGGAAACAAUGGAUCACAAAAAAACACAUUUAAAAAAAAAACAUUUCCGGGGAGUAAAUCUGGAACGUUAAAUUAUGAAAUGCAAAAGAUGGCAAUGGCUUUAGGAUGUCAUAAGCAAGCGUUUCCCAAGGGCCUUUAUUCUUAUUGAAAGAAAAUUAGUUGGAUUAACAUUUAACCCGGCUUGCCAAGAUGUUUCUAGGCAGGUCACAGGAAACUUUAAAGGCUGAAUGUUCCUGUGUGAGCGCAACUCAGAAUAUUAACAGUAAAACAUGGAUAAACAGAUAAUAAAAUAAAAUAUGAAAAGGAGCUAUACGGUUUAUAUGCUGUGGCGAUGAUUUUAACAGGGGAUUUUUCCAACAAGUCUUGUUGGAAUUUGCUAGACCAUAAAAACAUGCACACAUCUUUUUUAACACCUUUUUCAAAUUUUCUCUGAUUAAUGACUAGAUUCAUGUUUGUUAGACCACAAAAAUUCUAAUGUUUCCUUAAUGCUCGGUGCUCAGACACAGAACGGGUUCAGCAUGCAUUAGGAGUGUGUUUAAUUGUGUGUUUUGUGUAACACACAACUUUCAAAUAAGUGUUAGAUCUUAUGAGUGCAUUUACAUGGAAAUCCCUGCACCGAUAUUGUUCAUUCUUCAGUUCUAACAUACUUCACUGUCAAUAGCAGUGUUUAUUUCUUCAAUGUGCCUAAUUGCUGUUAUCUUAAUAUUUUGAAUAUGUUAUGAGUCAUAGGACAUCUUUCGUGACAAUUUGAAUUUUUUGACUGUGUGCUUGUAAGCGCGCUCAUCCUGAAACAACAGCAGAUGACAGUGUGAGGAAGCCCCAGAGCUCAGAUGGAUAUCCAUCCAGUGUCACCUUCCUUUAAUAUGGUGUAUCCAUCAGUCAAAGAGGUGAACCCCGAACCAAUCCAGGUAGCAUUUCUUCAGUGAUUUCUGUUGAUCCCAGCACCCGUAUGUUUUAAUGAGCCAGUCUAGCAGGGUAAGUGAGAACUGAAGACACUUAAUAAACCCUGUUCUAGGGGGACGCUUCACUUUUGUUCCAGUGUAAAUCUGCCCUGAGGAUGGUGGACAGUCAGCCUGUGGCGGGGUGUACAGGACGAACAGGCAGGGGAGAAACAAGCACUGCGAAUGAAUGUAAUGCAACUUGCCAUUUUGUAACCUCAAAACGCAGCAGAAACGGCAACAACCAAAUCUCAGAUUCAUCCUAGAGAAGUCUUUGCUAGCUGUCUGACAACUGAAGGAGGAUUUGUCUUUUGAAUGCCAUUUGGAAACAGGGGGCACCACGAGAACUGGUCUGGCAUUUGUAAUGUAGAUUAUUUGUCACCUGUCUUUCUUUCUGGUUAAAUAGUAAUUACUCUUCUGGAGCACAAUAAAUAAAUGAUUUUAAUAUGCGGA